AUGUCAGAGGACAUUGCAAAGUUGGGACUGAUCAGGUGGCGCAACAAAGGCAGGAUCUUCUGGGUCUGGGUAAAGUCAGGAUGGGGCUUGCCGCGACACAUGUUGGACAGGGUCCAGAUGACGUUCUGGAUGAUGCUGAUCUUGGUGUUCAUGUUCAUGCCGAUGCUGAUCAGGGGCUCGAUGGCGCCCAUGCGGAUCAGGUCGUCACGAGCUCUGAUCGAGUCACCAGCAAUGUUGCCGAGUGCCCAGACACACUGCUCUUGCACCUCCAGAUGUGGGCUGCUCAGCAAGUUAACAAAGAUCUGCACGGAGCCGCUCUUGAUCACCUGCUCGGUCUGA